CAAUUCAAUUGGAUUCGGAAUUCGGAAUCAGAAAUUGAACGGGUGGUUGAUUGAAAACCGUCUAAAGUUGAGUGGAUUUUAUUUAAAAAAUCAGUUUAAUCUUAAUAGUGGAUUUAAAUUUGCCCUAGUAAAAAAGAAACUUUGUUUAGUAGUUAAUAUAAAAAAAUAUUUAGGUAUAGAAAAAAUACUGUGAUUGUCGAUUGGGCAGCUUUCACAAAACCUUUUCUAUUGGAUUGUUUUAUGGGAAAAAUCGUCGAAGCAUAGCAAAGGGAUUUGUUAUCAAUUCGUACACGAGGUUUAGAUGUUUACCUUUCUCGGUAACGAAAGUGUUCUAUGUUUUCGCUCCGAUAUUACGUCGAAUCGAUAUUGUAGUUGGAACACAUUUUCGUCAAAUGAUAGUGCAUAUUUUGUGAAUCUAAUGACAAAUGAAAUUGUAAUGGGUUCUACUUGCUGAUAAAUGCGGUUCUGUUUCGACUGUUUUAAUAUAAUUAGGUAGAAAAAAUGGGGAAGUUCUCUGGAAAGAAGUGUCGACUAUUGUCGAUGUUAUGGCUGACGGGGACAUUCUUUUUUGUGGAACUAAUUGUUGGCUAUGUGACAAACUCCAUGGCGUUGGUUGCUGACUCCUUUCACAUGUUGAGUGAUGUUGCUGCUCUCGUGAUAGCGUUCUUAUCUGUAAAGAUGUCACCAAAGAAAUGGUCCAAGAACACAUUCGGUUGGGCUCGCGCGGAAGUCUUGGGAGCCCUCGUCAACGCCGUGUUCCUGGUGGCACUGUGCUUCAGCAUAACGGUGGAGGCUGUGCAGCGGUUCAUCAAACUGGAGAUCAUUCACAACGCGCAGCUUUUGGUCGCCGUGGGCACUCUCGGGCUGAUACUGAACAUUGUUGGCCUGUUCUUGUUUCAUGAGCAUGGCAGCAGUCACGGCCACACCCACGGCGGAGUACCUCCGCCGGCCAACGUGCGACAUCUCACAGAGCUGGUUAACAGCAAUGCUGACAUGGCGUUGGGCCACGCGCCCACCGACACGGAGGAGACCGACGAAAUGGUGCCGCCCAAGAUAGACCAGAUACCCAGCAAGCAGGCCCCGCGAGCGAACUCCGACCCUGGACAUUUGAACAUGAAGGGCGUGUUCCUUCACGUCCUAUCUGAUGCUUUGGGUUCACUAAUAGUGGUGUGUUCAGCGCUAGUCGUCUGGCUGACGGACUGGGAGUACAAAUACUACAUCGACCCGGCGCUCAGUAUAGUUCUAGUCAUCCUUAUCCUCGCGUCAGUGUGGCCGCUGCUGAGAGAGUCCGCGCUCAUCCUGUUGCAGACUGUUCCUACGCACAUACAGGUGGAUGCGAUUCAGAGACGUCUCCUAGAGAAGGUGGACGGAGUUCUAGCAGUACACGAGUUCCAUGUUUGGCAGCUGGCCGGAGACAGGAUCAUAGCUAGCGCACAUAUAAGGUGUAGAAACCUAUCAGAGUAUAUGAAGAUAGCGGAGAAAGUGAAGGAGUUCUUCCACAACGAAGGCAUUCACUCGACAACUAUACAGCCAGAGUUUGUGGAGCUACCUGUAGAUGGAAAUGAGCGGUUGUUCACGCAGAUACUGAGCGGCGCGUCGGCGGAGGCGCCGUGCGCGCUGCACUGUCCGCCCAACGACCUGUGCCACAACGCGACGUGCUGCGGGCCCAACCAACAGAAGCAAAGCACGCCUUCGCCCACCGUGACCCCGUACAUGUGUCGGCAGAGGAACAUGGGGUCGCGGACGGAGUCCAUGCAUUCUAACCUGAACGCGGGCAAUCAAGGCAACCCCACCAUGAGAAACUUGGACGCAUUGGAGUGCGGAUCACUCCUGCCUUCACCGAUGCUGGACUCUCGAUUGGCCGUGUGACAGUCGGCCGCUUAGCUUACUGCAGCUGUGAGACCUAUAGCACGUCCAUCGCACCUCGUCAUUACAAUAUAACAUACAGGUACCAACUUCAACGGACGGAUAUUUCAAUUUAUAUGUAUUAUACUAAUUUAUAAUACAUUUUUUUGUUUUGCAUUUGAAACGAUUCGUUUAAAGUAGCAUUUCGUCAUUUAAAUAUCUUAUUUAAAUUUUUGUUUUGUUUUGCUAACAUUUUCUGAAUCUGCUAAAAGGGGAAAAAAUAGAAAAAAGAAUACAGAAUAUAUUUAUUUAUAGACCCUUAUUUAAGGUUUUAAAAAGAGAUUACAAUGUCUAUAAAGUUGGCAAUUUUUUAUUACUUGCACAAAAUAUUUGCAGCAAUUAUAAAGGGUUUUUAAACAGUCCUUUACUAUAUUUUCACUGGAAUAUUGACUUGGGAUGGACUAAACUCUUAUUUCGAUUGAUGAUGAUUCAAUUCGAUGGACGAAACAGUUCAAAAUUUGAUUUAAAUUUUAUUUGUAAUACAUUGAAUUAAAUACGCACUUUGAUGACGUCAUUUUCGUUCCUUUUAUUAAUUUUCGGGGUAUAGAAAGGGAUUCCAAUUAUGUGCUAUUUAAUUUCGCCGUUUUAUGACUAUGAUUUAGAUCAUAAUAAAAAGCACAAGUUACCAUAAAAUGUGCUUUUUAAAGAAUUUCGCAUUCGCCUUUCUAGAAUUUUCGUCCAGUUAAGGAGUAUUGAGAACUUAUCCAAAGGAUUUUUGAUUUUCACAAAAACUACGUUACGUAGGAUAUUUCUAUAGUAGGUAGGAGAUAGGAAGGAUAUUCAAAUUUUUUGGUUAAAAUUAUUUAAUUUAUGAAAUAGUAUUAACUGAAUACAUAUAAAUGUAUGUAUUCACAUCAUCAUAUGCGAUGACUAAAUUUAUUAAUUAAUUUUAUAUUAAUCACGCGAUUGUCGUGUUUUCUUUUGGAUAAUUUAACUUUUUUCUUUGGUAAAGUUAUUGGAUAUUUCAUAGGAUUGUUAAUUAAAUACUAUAGAGAUAAAUAUGUUAAAUGAUAUACCGUUUGAAUUAGUAUAAUCUAUUGGUAAAACAAUGUGUUCUUAGGUAAAUAAGCAUUUCACAAGUAAUAUAAUAUAUAGGUAUACGUAUAAGAUAGUAUACCAAAACAAAAAUAUUGUUAUCAUUGUAUUAUGCUGAACAAACACGUUUUAAAAUAUAAAAUAAAAACAAAACUGAUUUUCCUAUUUAUAAACUGGGUCGUCAAAUGACAUUUUGUGGAUCAGGGAGCCCGUUGACGAUCAAAGUUUUCAUAUUAUCAGCCGUGUUUGUCAAACAAUUUGUUCGUCGAAGGGUUUGUCAAACAUUGGUUAAUGAAAAAGUAAAGUUUGUGAAGCAUGUUUGACUAACUAAACAUCUUUGAUUGUCAACUUCGUUCCCUUGGUUAUUUUAUUAUAAAUUCGAUUGACUUUUCUUCUUUACAACAAGGAACUAGUACUCGUAUGUUGAUUGCAAUUUGUUUUUUGUAAUUAUUCUAUAGUUUUCCAUUGACAUGUACAUGUAUGUUUUGUUAAUACGCACACGCAUUGCGUGUAAAAAUAACGCACGUAAGCGUGUGAGUUUUGAUACACGUAAAACGAUUACGGUCAGUUAUAUGUAAAUUAUUUUUACGUUGCAUUCGAACAUUUUUACAUACCAAGUUCUUGGUUUAGUGUUUUUUAAUAAGGCAUGAGUCUUAAGUAGUAAAAAUUUGAGUGUCAAGUAAAAAUAAUUUAGAUAUAAAUUGAUCAUUAUACUAUUAUUAGUGAUAGAGAAGCAAUAAGUCUAUAUUUAAUUAUAGCUUGACCAGAAAAAUAAAACACUCAUUCGCAGCUCAGAAGGUUAAAGAAUAAUAGGGAUGAUGACAGUUUUUUAAAUUGUUUAUAAAUUAAGAGAAUGCUAAUAGUAAAGCAAUUUUGUAAAUGUAACAGGGUAUCUGCGAUCAUUACUUUCGGAGCUACAGGGAUUUAAAGGGUCAGAUUUGUGGCGCUGCCCCAUACAAAAUGGUACGAUCUUAUGACGUCGUAGGCAAUUAAUGAUCGUUAGAUUUGUAUGGGCGUUUAAACAAAAUUACUAAUAUCUUUGUUAUUUCUGUGUUUAUGUUUAUAUUUCAAAUAUUAAAAAAUGACACAUUUAAUGAAGCUAAAAAUGUAUGAAUUUUCAUCUAAUUACGAUAAAAUAUUUUUAAUAGAUUUUGAAAUUUUAUAAUCUCAUUUAUUUUGCAAAUAUCCAGUCAAUCUUUGCUUUUUAUGUAUAAAUUAGUUAACAUUGACCUUAUUUACCCGAAUGUAUCAUUAAAAUCAAUAUAUUCACACCUAGUCAUCAUCCCCAUUGUGGCGCCGCCAAUCCAAGUCUUAUAUUUCUGGUCAGACAAUAAUUGCAAAAAUGUUAAAACUAUGCGAACCAAUUGGCGUUUUUGGCUUUCAGAAGCUACUUUGAAAUUGAUCCAACGCGUCUGCGUAUGAUUGAGUUUCUAUGGGUUUUGUUACUAUAGCUAGCGUAGAAUUAAACAAUUUAGAAGUGACAGUUGAAAAGUCGUUUUCAAAUCCGUCGUGCGUAUUGUACGCAAAUGCGUAAUGACAUGUCUAUAUUGUAACUUUAAUGUGUCUACAAGACACACGUGUCAGGGUUAAUAGUUAAUAAGCGAUAUACUAUAAACGAUUAGGCAUGUAUGUAUGCAACAAUCGCUUUCAUCUUUUCCCUCUUUGUCUAUACCUAAUCCUUUAUAAUAUCACGCAUAGAUCCUUAAAAAAUCACUCAAUUUUUUUUCGAUUAUUUAAAAUAUAGGUAUGAAUGAAUUUCAUUUAUAUUCACGCAUUCGUAUUCUUUUGUAUUCGAAGUAAGAUUUAUUUAGCAGCUUUUCAAUAUUCAUUGCGUCCACAUAAAAUUUUCGCUAAACUAUUGCGAGACUAUUCGCAUUUAAUUCGCUUCUUUUGGAUAAAGUUGACUUUAUUUAUUUAAAUAAAUAAUUCUUUAUCCAAUGGCGUCUAUAACACUUCAAUACAGUAACUCUAAAUGCCUUAUAACAAAAUAAAUGGAUAGUCCGAAAGUACAAUUAUUUGUUUUAUAGAGACAGUGAACGAUUUUAACCACCAUCGCAAUUUUAGGUUAGUUUAUUAAUAAGCAUUUAAAUAAUUUAUUAAGAGUAUAAUUUAUCUUCUGUAGAGGCAUUUUUAGUGUAAGGCCUUUCUUAUAAAGCUGUGCGGUAACCAAAAUAAUCUAUGGAAAUAUUAUAAAUGUAAAUUAAAUGAAUUUUUAGCACACAUUCGUAGCUCAAAUAACCGUUCGCAUCCUAAGCGCACAUUUUGAGUCGAAAUUCUUUGUCUUUCAACCUGAAGUGAUUUUCAUGUAUUAUUGGACGAUGUUUUUAUUUAUUUUAUUUUAUUAGUAUUAUUUAAAUGAUAAACAAAUGGCACAUUAUAAAUGAAUAAAGCCAGACAUAAGUUGUCACAAAUAAAUUUUAUUCGAUUUUAAAUCUCAAUCCAUGUUCAUAAACAUAAAUAUGAACAUUACGACAAUUUUUUAAGACUUAUAUUUGGCCUGUGGAUUUGUUUGUUUGUUUUCAUGUUUAUUAAGCUUGUUGGUAACAGAAAAAAAUAAUUAAAAACAAAUUCUUUUUGAUACUUUACCGCUAUGGUACUCCGUCGAACUUUUGAGCAAGAAGAGUGAUAUUUUUUUUCUGCUAGAAACAUACUUUUAUUAAUCCAAUGUUUGUAUUGGCCAGUGGGCAUUCCCCAAAUUCACAAUAAGUACAGUUUUAAAAAAAAAAUCUGUCUGUAAUGACAACUUUUAGUGACCUUCUUUUUAUGCCCUAAAAAGUGCGCGAGAAUUUUUCAGUUUUGCACUCUAAACUAAUUAUUUCAUGCUAUUUCCACCCAGUCUACUUGUAUCUGUUCUGUAAAAGUCCUGCUUUCUAUAAACAUUCUUACGUAUCCCUUUUCACAAAACUUCCUCUUUAAAUGUGAUCAUGAAAUACGAUCUACCUUUACAGUCAAAGCAAUAAUUAAGCAUUAAAUUAGAUAAUUAAUAUCUGGGUUAAGUGAACUUUUAAAUAUUAAAAUUUUCUUUUAACAACAUAGAUAUAAAAUAUAGUACGUUAAUUAACUUAUAGUAUCAUUAUUAUUAAAUAGUUUUCUAUACGGAUUAUUUAAUCUAUAUGCUACUUUUUAAGAAAACGAGACAGGAAAGUGUAUAUUAAUUAGUAGAUAUACUUCGUUCAAAUCAUAGACGUAAUGAUAACAAUUUACAAUAUUUAAUAAAGAUCGCGACAUAUUUAUAACACAUUAAGUUAUGUUCUAUUACUCGAAUAUCCAAUCGGGUGUUUAAAGUGUGAUUCUGACUUAGGUAAGGUGUUAUAAGCAAGCCGGGGUCUUUAUCUGUAAAUGUUGAGUUUAACUAAGGCUAUAUCAGACUUUAAGGAAAGGUAAUAAGGCCUGUGGAUAGCGGAAACAACCACAAGUGCCUUUUUUUAGUUAAACAAUGCUGCUUGUAUUCCAAACUGUAACUACAAGCUUCAUAUUGUAUUCCUGGUUUCUGUAUUCGUGAAUUUUGUAUGAGAUGUAGUUAAAUUUAGUAAUCAAAAUAAUUAUUUCGUAACAAUGUUUCAUAACUCGCCAAUAUGAGUCUCGAGUUCGUCUCAGCCUCUCUGUCUAACAUAGAUAUAUAUUUAAAUAUAUAUCUAUGUUAGACAGAUGUAGAUUUGAAUUAGAAACUUAAACUGUUGAGUUAAAAAAAACAUCAUUACAGCAAAAUAGCACUAUAAUUUUUUGAGUAAAACUCAGUGAGUCAGGCGAAAAUUUUAGAUAACCCUUAUAUGCAAGACCAAUUAAAUCAUUAUGUUUUGCGGUCAUGUUGCGUUUUACCACAUGUUAGUAUGUAGUGUUAGUUUUUUUAUAAAUUCCUCAAGAAGCCAGCCGAUGAAUCUUUAGAUAGGUUUUAAUGAUGACACCAAAAAUAGUGUGCAUAUUUAGACGUUUGAAAAAGAUCAUCAUUAUUUAUACUGAUACCAGAGUUCACAGAUAUGUAUAUUGUAUAAUAUGCGCCAAAUAUCUAGUCCGUGCUGAAGUUGCAAUACGAAGAACACCGCUUAGAUAUGUCUUUGAACACUGCGUAAUAAUACUCCUCGUGUUCAGAGCGGACUAGUUUUUUGACACAUAAUAUACCGUCUUUAUAACACAGAGUUACUUCAUAGCGUAUUUUGUUAAUAGUAAUAUCAGGUACUAGUGUAAAUUUUCAAGUCAAACAUGAUAUUGAAGUAUCAUCAUCAUCAACUACCCAUUUGGCUCACUUCUGAGCACGAGUAUCCUCUCAGAAUGAGAGGGGUUCGAAAUCGAGCGAUUGCCCAAUUUGGAUUGGCAUACUGCACACACGUAAUUAAGAAAAUUCUCAAGUAGUUAUGCAGGUUUCCUCACAAUGUUUUUCCUACACCGUUUGAGACACGUGAUAUUUUAUUUUUUAAAUGCUAUAUGCAUUUGUGGCUAAAAACCGAACCCACGCCUUUCAAAUCGAAGGCAGAUGUCAUAUCCACUGGACUAAAACAGCUUCAAAUCAAAAUGUUAAUUAGAAAGAAAAAUUAAAACGGUGAACGUUAUUUAUCUUGAAAAUGUACACUUGUGUCACUAAACGACUUUUUCAUUAAACUUUAAAGAAAUUGUGAUGAUUAUUCCUAGUUGUAAGUAGUUGCCAGGUAAGUAAAAAUUUAGGAAUGCGCGGGUAUCUUUGCAAUAUUGCAUAAGAUAAAGGGUUGCCACGCUAUUUUCUUUUUGUGGCAAAAAUAUGUCAACAACAUAUAAUAGAUAUGGUAUCAUAUUUAUAGUUGAUUAAACAAAAAAAAAAUAGUGAUAGAUAUUUGAAAAGCGAAAAUCUUGACAUUUUGAACAAGUCAAAACGUGGCAACCCCUUAUUUAAAAAUCCAUAACUAGCUUAAAUGAACAUUUUUAUAUUUUAUAUACAUUUUGUGUUAUAUGCAUAAAGCUGAGUGUAUGAAAUCAACAUAAUAAAUGAGGCUUUCAAAUUGAAAUAUUAAUAUAUUGUUUUAUAUUAAAAUAUCACUAUAACAGUAAAACUUGGAUGCAAAUUUUCAAUACACACUAAUAACCAGUGUUAACAGAAAAACAUAAUAAAGUCGGCCGCUCAGAAAUUGCGUUUCUGACUGGUCUUGAUCGAAUAGCCCAUGAAACCUCGAACUGCAAGGUUGAACUGCGCUGUAUCAAGGUUAUGCCAAUUGUUUGUCUUUGUAGUAAUGAGACAAAAAACGAGGCAAUUUAAUUAAGUACCUGUCAGAAACGCAAUCUCUGAGCGGCCGGAUAUUAACACCAAAGUUCUGUUUUAAGAGACUAAUAUGCUUUAGAUUAACGUGUAUUCAUCGAUGCUAGUGUAGUAUCCUAUUCAUAUGUGUUUCUGUGAUAUUGUCUUACAGAAUAUUAUAUAACGCAUUUUAAUCUGUACAUGAAAAAUUUCGAACAUCAUUGACUACAUUGUCUUGCCGAAAUUUCCAUCCAAAUUUUGAUUCAAAAUAAAUUUAAUACUUAGCAUUUUUAUUUUAGUGUUAAAUGUUAUUUAUUAGUGUAAUGAUAAAAUUUAAUUUUUAAAAAAUAUGUUAAUUGUUACUAAAAUUCAUAUGUACUGCUUUUGAUGAUUGCUUAUAGGAGUCCCAUGUUAUGUAACAUUUUAUAUUGGUUUCUUCAACUCAACUUCUUGGACGAGAUAAUUGCGACGGUAUUCUCGCCAACAUUCUACACAAACUCCAUCAGGUGGCGAUAUUGUUGCGAUUAUUCGCUGGCGGAAUUAUCGUUGGAGCGUGAAGAUUAUCAGACGACGCUAGGAUAGACUCGUCUUCUCGUAUUCUUACAUUUUCCGAAAAAGGUUUAGGUUCCCUGGAAAAAAUUGCUAUAUAGCGAUAAGGCCACCUUUUAUAUCGUCCUUGUAUCGUUUGUGCUUUUAAAAUAAUGUAAAUAAAGAAUUUUCUCUUCCAUGGAGACAAAGGUCUUACCUUAGUUUGAAUGCUGUUUAUCAAAUUGUACACAAUAAUAUUUGUAUUUUAUUAUCAUAUAAAAUUUGAAAUAAUGGCGUUACACUACCAUUGCCCAUAAGUCAAGUAUAUAAAAAUGUCAUGUCAUCAAAUAUAAAAAAAACUUACAUAUUAUUUCCAUUUACGAUGGUGAAGCAAACAUAAAAUGUUACACAAUUUGGACUUUUUAUUGCAAUAUUUGAUGUGAUAUAUGAAGCAGCCAUCCAGUUAAAUUAGCUAGAUUAAUGGACGCCAUUCAUUAAACGCUGGUAUCCAAUGCAAAGCCGAUAGUUAAUUGAACUGUGCUGCGACAUAUACAUAUAGAUUUCGCGCAACUAAUUGGCCAAGUCUUAGAUAUAUACGUAGGAUAAAAGGAAGCGUGGGCCUAACGCCAAACACACAAACAACCAACACUGUGUUACAGUGUCCGUAUUUAUACGCCAACUGCACACGGUCAUAUAUACCAAGAUUCACGCUUAGAGGCCGUACAGACUACUUUAGUAUUUUAGUCGAGUAUGAACACUUGGAUUUACCACCUAAAAAUUGUUCGUACUCGACUAAAAUGCUAAAGUAGUCCGAACUAGGCCCUAAAGGAAGUCGAUAGUGAUAAAGUAUCGAAAUAUGGUUAUAGUUUUGAUAUUUUUUCACUGCUAACAUAAUCGUACCUAAACGCGCUUUGGAAAAAUCGUAGGCAUUGCAUAUAAGUCUCGUUUUAUUUCUCUUUCUUUCGAUUUACUGCAUUUUAGAGUUUAAUUACAUAAAGUAGAAAGUAUUUUAUUCAAUAUAGUUCUGUAAAUGAAAUGGAGGUUAAGCAAAAGUGUUUUGAGUAAUAGACUCGAGUUUCUCGCAGGACUCCAAAAGUUUUGGUAAAGUUGGCUUCCUUGGGACCGACUGAUGGACGAUGGACUGCAUUUUAACCACUUUCGCUCCAAAAAAAUGCAAAUUUUUUGUUAAAAAAUAUUACUUGAAGACUGGCUAUACGAACAUGCGAAGCCAUAUUGAAAAAAAAAAAAACAAUUAGGCGUUAGAUGUCCGCUAUGGCCUGUCCAAAAAGUCGUGGCAAGUUAGUUGCGUGUGAUGUAUAAUACUGUAUGUAUGUACAAAAUGUAUAAUACCUACUGUACUUUGAGACUUAAAUUAUUAUUAUUUCACGCCUGUUUGUGUGAAUGUCUUUACAUUCUGUGAUUUCACAUACAGAUGCCUAUAGUAAAGUAUCUUUCGACGGGUGAUAAUAAUUGUUUAUUUAUAAAUUUAGUGAAAAUUAUAAGUUUAAAUGAGAGGGUGUUGAUUUUGAUUUGAAUGUGGAAUGUAUUUUUCACAGUUAAUAAAAAUAUAUAAAUGAAA